CAAAAUUAAAGCAUUAUUAUCAGCUAUCUGCUUUGAUCUUCUUGCAAGGUUGCAGCUCUUGUGUCUUUCUUCUAUCUAUCAGGAUAUGGAAGUUUACUCAGGAGGACUAGUGUGGGUGUUGAUAAUCAUUUGUCUGUUUUUCUUCACAUUUGUCCUUGCGAAAUAUUUGCUGAGAAGAAGGAAAUUUGAUCAUCUGCCACCAGGAAGAAGAGGAUGGCCAUUGAUCGGCAAUAGCUUGAGCUGGUAUGCUGCUAUUGCAAGCUCUCAUCCCUCUCAAUUCGCUCAAGAACAAGCAAAAAGAUAUGGGAAGAUCUUUUCUUGUCGCCUAUUUGGCGAAUGGUCUGUGGUGUCAGUUGAUCCAACAUUCAACCGAUUCAUCAUGCAGAAUGAAGGGAAGCUGUUUCAGUCAAGCUAUCCAAAAUCUUUCAGAGACUUAGUUGGAAAAAAUGGGGUGAUUACAGUUCAAGGAGAGCAACAAAGGAGAUUUCAUGCAAUCGCAGCAAACAUGAUGCGUGUAGAGAAGCCCAAAUUCCAUUUCUUGGAGGAUAUUCAGAUGGUUAUGCAGCAAACUCUGCAGAAAUUCCAUGACAAUGAAACCAUUCUUCUCCAGGAUGUCUGCAGAAAGGUGUCUAUCAAUCUAAUGGUUAAUCAACUCCUGGGUGUAUCAAGUGAAUCAGAAAUCAACGAGAUGGCUCAAUCAUUCUCUGACUUUGUUGAUGGCUGCAUUUCUAUUCCCAUCAAUUUUCCAGGCCUCCCCUACCACACAGCAAUGAAGGCAAGGGAGAAAAUCAUAAGCAAGAUAUACAAAACCAUAGAGAUGCUUAGACAGCUUCAGGGUGCAUCUCAAGUGGGGAAUGGUGUACUCGGACGGCUAGUGAACGAAGAAAACUUAGCUGAUGAGACCGUAGCCGACUUCAUUAUCAAUCUCCUUUUCGCUGGCAGUGAAACAACUGCAAAAACAAUGCUUUUUGCAGUCUAUUUCCUUACUCAUUGCCCUACAGCAAUGAAGCAACUUCUGGAUGAGCAAGAAGGUCUGAGAAGAUCAAAAUCUGUUGAAGACAAAAUGCUUUCAUGGCAGGACUACAAAGCCAUGUCUUUCACUCAAUGUGUUAUUGAUGAAACGCUCCGACUUGCUGGCAUUGCAAUCUGGUUAAUGAGGGAGGCAAAAGAAGACGUUGUUUAUGAAGAAUAUAUGAUUCCCAAAGGGUGCUCUGUUGUUGCAUUUACUGCUGGAGUGCAUUUGGAUGAGAAUGUGUACAAAGGAGCUCUCACCUUCAACCCAUGGAGAUGGAUGGACCCAGAAAAACAAGAAAUGAGAAAUUGGCGAAGUAGUCCUUUCUAUACUCCAUUCGGAGGAGGAGCUCGGUUUUGUCCCGGUGCAGAAUUGGCUAGACUGCAAAUUGCACUCUUUCUCCAUUACUUUGUAACUGCAUAUAGGUGGACUCAACUCAAGAAAGAUCGGAUGUCAUUCUUUCCAUCGGCUCGAUUGGUCCAAGGCUUUCAUAUUCGCUUGAACAGACGACAUCAAUCCGUUAAGAAAGUCCAGUGAAAUAUUAUUAUAGGGGAUAUUUUAUUAUUUCUAAUAUGAUUAUAUAAUUUAUGCACGUCACA